AUGAACCCGCCCACACCGCCACUGGCGCGCGUGCGCACACCAGGAUACGCGGGCUACUCGAUCGCAUGGUCGCCCUUUUUUGAACAACGACUCGCGGUGGCCUCAUCAGCCAAUUACGGCUUGGUGGGAAACGGACGGCUGCACAUUCUCUCGCUCGCACGCAACGCAUCUGCGCCUCACCCGAGUCUGGUGGUGGACAAGGUGUUCGAUACGCAGGACGGGCUGUAUGACGUUGCGUUCAGCGAGGCACACGAGAACCAGCUCGUCACCGCGUCCGGCGACGGAUCCAUCAAGCUGUGGGACUGUGCGUUGCAGGAUCAUCCGAUCCGCAACUGGCAGGAGCACAACAGAGAGGUCUUCUGCGUCGACUGGAACAACAUCAACAAGAACGUCUUUGCGAGCUCCAGCUGGGACGCCAGCGUCAGGUUGUGGCAUCCAGAACGGCCCAACAGCAUCAUGGCCAUCACCGCGCAUACCGGCUGCGUCUAUGCAUGUGCCUUCUCACCACACUCGCCCGACCUGCUCGCAACAGCGUGUGGAGACGGCCAUCUCCGACUGUUUGACCUGCGCCAACCAGCCGCGCAACCCACGGCAACCGUGCCCGUCGGAGGCGAGGUGCUGUGUCUCGACUGGAACAAGUAUCGCCCGAUGACCAUAGCUACCGGCAGCACCGACCGCGUCAUCAAGACCUGGGAUCUGCGCAAUGCCGUCUCCAAGCCACCGGGUGCCAUGGCGUCACCGCUCGAUGUCGCAACGCCGCUGGCGGCGAUUCUGGGCCACGAAUACGCCGUGCGAAAGGUGGCCUACUCGCCGCAUGCACCCCAGCUGCUCGCAAGUGCGAGCUACGAUAUGACCGCACGCAUAUGGGAUACCGACGCAGCAGCGCUCAGUGGACCACCCGGCGUAGUGCAACCACCACCGCAACCGGGGCAGGGCCCCAACGCGGCCGCGGCCGGCGCCAUGCGCAAGAUCCACGACACACACACCGAGUUCGUCGUAGGCGUGGCAUGGAGUCUCUUUCAAGACGGCCUGGUGGCCAGCACCGCAUGGGACUCGGAAACGCAUCUGUGGGGGGUUCACUAG